CUUCUACAUGAUUGUCUUCCGCGAUGGUGUGUUAUCGUUCUCUUUCACCGAGAAUCCCCAUGCUUCGAAUGUCCGGAGAAGAAUCGGAAAGCUCCGUGACUAUGUGUCACUUAGUAGUGACUGGAUUUGCUAUGCCAUGAUUGACGAUAUUGUGGAUAGUUUUGGCCCUGUAAUCCGCGAAAUUGAGGUCGAGUCCGAGGCGAUUGAAGAUCUCGUCUUCAUCGCACGCAUGGAUGAUUUCGAGUCAUUCUUGCCACGAAUUGGUGGCUUGCGCAAAAAGGUCAUGAGCUUGAUGCGUCUUUUGGGUGGCAAGGCGGAUGUUAUUCGAGGUUUCUCUAAACGCUGCAACGAGCAGUAUUCAGUGACGCCGCGUGGUGACAUUGGCCUUUACCUAGGAGACAUCCAGGAUCACGUAGUGACCAUGAUGUCUAACUUGGCCCAUUUCGAGAAGAUGCUCAGCAGGUCACACACCAACUAUCUUGCGCAGCUGAACGUGACAAACCUGGUGUUGGGAAACCACGUCAACAAGAUCCUCAGCAAGGUGACCCUCAUUGCCACUAUGUUAGUUCCCAUGAACCUUAUUUGUGGUCUUUUCGGCAUGAACGUCACGGUCCCGGGUCAGGGCCAGGAAGGCCUUGCGUGGUUCUUUGGCAUCGUCGGUGUUAUCGCGGCGGUAGUCAUUAUCAGCGGCAUUGCUGCUCGCUGCUAUAAACUUGUAUAAGGUUAAAGUUUGGCUUUGCCUAUUCAGAAACCUAUGGGCUGUCAAAAAAGAGUAUUCGCAUGCGCCAGCUACUCGGAGGCCGCAGGCAGAAGAAGGCCUCCAUACAUACUGAAAGCCAGAAUGAGUCCAACGCUGUCAAGCGCAACCGAAUAUCUACUGAACUGUCCAUGCGACCUAAGCCCGCACCUUGGUUGUGCUGUUUUGCUCCACGCAUCAGCGCAAUUAUUUAUUACUACAUAGUCUCUCUGGCUCUUUGGACCACAGAUUUAGGCUAUGCCGCAGAUCUCACUUCUCUGGCCCCUGAAAUCCAUAGUAACUUGACCAUCAACGACGGUGACUCACAUUUCCCAUUCCCAUUGGGGCCUUACAAUGGUCUAGUGAUUGAAGACGAUGUGAACGACGCUGGGGAUCUACGAGGUCUAGAUAUUGUCCGCAGGGCCCCUACUGGGGUCUCAUCCCUAGACAAUAAUCAAUACCAAAAGGGCGAAGUUAAAUUAGGUGAAACCCAGUGGUGGUACUUCUCAAAAAAUUCUGUAAAUGGCAAAAAUACCAAUAAGAUAUCCGAAGAACCAACUAGCGACAACUCGAAGCAUUUGGAAACGGUCUUCAUAUCUCUAACGGCAUGUUCGAAGCCUAGCUCCAAUAAAGCCGAUUCUGACAGUGCUCAGAACCUGCCGCAUCUAGAGGUCUACAUCUCUGCAUCUGAAUCGCUCCAAAAGCCUGGUCCUGGGCAAGAGAGGUCGAAUCAAACUAAAUACCUGGUCGAAGAGGGUUAUAUGGGCACCACCGUGGAAGCAGAAGGGGAUGUUUAUAUCGGUGUUGUUGCACAUAACAGCACUGAACAUUCUGGGUCCUACAGCUAUGAGCUUGCGGCAUCAGUUGAUGCUUUUUUCCACAGCCUCGCGGAUGAUCCGGCUUUCCUGUACUUCGUGGAUUCGGAUAUGCACAGUGCUCUCUUCACCACGGGCAAUCUAACGGAGGCAGAACAGGACUCUCAGAGCUACAGCAACUGGAUGGGCAUGGCACCGUCGUACACAAUGUUUGCGAAUAACAUUAACGAUACAGCCAUCUCAGGCUUACACCAUUCCUCCUGUGCGCUCGAUCGAUUCGCUCAAAUAGGCAAAGGUGAUCGUAACAUCAACGCAAGCAUGACGAGCAGAGGCCCCGGCAAUAAACCCAAGGAGCAGUUAUAUGUCACCGGGCUCAACCAAAGUUCGACAUAUGAAGGGAUUUUAGCCCUGGAUGGCAAUUCUACUGGUUCUAGAAACGGUGUUAUUGGCGGCGGUGGGAAAAUAUGGAAACCAAUCACCUUCUCAACCAAAGCAGAUGGCAAUUGUGCACUCCUCUACAACCUGUCAUUUUGCAAUGAAGUGGCAUAUGCGGUGCCUUCGAACCCGACUUUUACCUUGGACAGCCUCCGUUCAAUCUACGAUGAUAAUGCCGCUGCACUGUAUAAGAACUUUUCUUACUCUUUGGAGCAGAUCCAAUGUAAUGCUACAAAUGAGACUCGAUUUUCUUUGGCAGUGGGAUGCGAUGACUGUGCCCGAGCAUACAAACAGUGGCUAUGCGCCGUAACCAUCCCUCGGUGCGAAGACUUUUCAAGCACUGGCACAUUUCUCCAGGCCAGAAACGCUGGACAGAAAUUCAUCAACGGAACCUCGCUCAGUGAUGACCACACACUGCGGUUGGAUCCCUCGACGAAUCGGUCCCGAAAUUUGCUGAUCGACAAAGAGAUCCGGCCAGGACCGUACAAGGAGAUUCUUCCCUGCGAGGACACCUGCUACGAUCUCGUCAAGAGUUGUCCCGCUGCUCUGGACUUUCGCUGUCCGCAGGCAGAUGGCUCUCUUCUACGUACGGCAAACGCGGUCCCGACGAUCUUGUCACCUGCAAUUGGGUAGGCGCAGCGUACUUCAUGGGUGGUGGAGUUAAGAUGAUUCCUUUGCGGUCGGUUUUAUUUGCACUUCCAACUGUUUGGCUUUUGUACUGGGCAUUUGACGGGUAGCGAACUAGUGCUAUGUAUGUAUAGCGUGGGUCAUCACCAAUCUUUCUCAAUCGGAACUUCGUCAUUUGGUCAAUUCUGUUCAGUCACUUGUUAGUGUCACGCCAUAUGUUCGUGUAACCAGAUCCCUUGGCCAAUAUAAUUCUUUCUGUUUACAGCUGUUUCCUUCGGCGUGUCACACUGUCUAUAUUUAACUAGACAUGGUAUCUUCAGGCCAGGAAAGACAGCAGAUAACUC